AUGACGACAGCCAUUCCCCGGGCUUCCCGUCCAGCCAACGGGCCGCCCACUACAGCUUUGCCUGCAUUACCGGUCCCCAAAACCCGACAGUCCACCGGUACAGCCACGUUAGCUGCAGGAUCUGGAGCGACAACCACCCCACGAAGUGGCCUACGAGCGCCGUCUACUUCAUGCCUUCCCUCGAGCGCCUCGGCAGGUUCCCUUCCUCAACCGCGGUCCGCAACAGGGAUCAACGGGGCGGGUAAGACAUUGCGGAAAACGGUCAGCAUCAACUCAUUCCCACAGCCUCCGAGGACGGAGGGGCGUGUCGCAAGUCUCCCUCCAAGUCCUCUUUCCGGCGGCGCCUCGACCCGCAAGCUCAAAACUCCCACUACUCCCAACUACCACCUUAGUAACACGCCUAGCUUGUUGAAUGGUACUGGUGAUGGGAAACUGGUUGCUCGUGCAGCAGGCACGCGCAGCUCUGACGGUCUCUUCAGUGUGGCCUCACCGCCCCAGAGUCGAAGCUCCUCGGCGCAGGACUCAUAUUCAACAUCGGCCACACAGUAUGACGAGAUCGGGGAUCUGCCAUCAUCGACCAACGCAGCGAGUACAGACGGCAGUAACAGCAAGCGAGCUUCCAAGCUGGACGGCAAGGGAAACGUGGUCGUCAGUGUGCGAGUUCGUCCCGAUGCGGGAGGCAGCGAUCACGCAAAGACCGAGGGAGAAUGGCUGGUGGAAGGUCGCAAGUCGUUGAUAGCAUAUCGAGGCAAGGAGGGCGGUGAUUAUUACUACGACAACGUUUUCACGACCCAUGAUAACAACUCAAGAGUAUACGACCACAUAGCAAAACGGCUGGUUCGACGCGUGAUGGAGGGCUACCACGGCACUGUUUUUGCGUACGGCAUGACUGGUACGGGCAAGACGUUCUCUAUGCAGGGAACAGCAUCCUCGCCAGGUGUGAUACCCCUCGCCAUCACCGAUAUUUUCUCAUACAUCCGUGAGACGCCCUCCCGGGAGUUUCUACUGCGAGUCAGUUAUCUGGAAAUCUACAAUGAGAAGAUCCACGAUCUCCUCAGUAUGCCGACCGGCGCGAGCAUAGGAGUGGCCCAGCAAGAGGAGAUCAAACUUCGCGAAGACAGCAAGCGUGGGGUUUAUGCUAGCCCGCUCAAGGAAGAGAUUGUGCAAAGCCCGACCCAGCUGUUGCGCGUGAUCGCGCGCGGCGAUCAAGCCCGGCGAACAGCAAGCACACAGUUCAACUCCCGAAGUUCGCGAAGUCACGCUGUCGUGCAAAUUGUCGUGGAGAGCCGAGAGCGUGUUCCGGGGAGUGGCUCGGGUAGCGAAAACAAGCGCUCUGGUAUGCUGCCUGGUGGGGUUCGAGUAUCAACCUUGAGUCUGAUCGACCUUGCCGGCUCGGAAAAGGCUGCGGAGACCAAGGAGCGUCGGACAGAGGGCUCUCACAUCAACAAGAGUCUGCUCACCUUGGGGACAGUUAUCGCUAAGCUUUCUGGUGACAAGGAGAAGGAAGGGAAACCUGGCGACAAGGACGGCAAGCACCUCCCGUACCGCGACAGCAAGUUGACUCGGCUCUUGCAGGGCGCUCUGUCUGGAAAUUCCCUUGUCAGUAUCCUUUGUACAAUCCAGAUUGGUUCAGCUGGAAGUGUUGCGACGUCGAAUAGUCACACGGCCGAGACCUUGAACACGCUCAAGUUCGCCUCCCGGGCCAAGAACAAUAUCGUCAGCCAUGCCAAGCGAGCCGAGGAGGCACUGGGAAGCGGCGGUGACGGCGGUGCUCGGGUUCUACUUGAGCGUUACCGUAUGGAGAUUCUCGAACUGAGAUCCCAACUCGACACCCAGGCAAAAUCUAACACCAAGAAGGAAGAGGAUGAAGAAAAGGCGAGCCUUCUGGAGGUUGAGAAGGCUCGGGAGAAGGAGGCUGAAUACCGCCACGAAGAGCAGAUGCUCGAGAUGCAACUGGCGCGCACUGCCCUCAAGGAGCGCAUAGAUCAUCUCAACCGCCUUAUCCUCAGUUCGAAGUCCAUCGGCGUGAAUAGCGGAGGGUCAUACAGCUCGCUUGGUAUGCAUCCGAGAUCUUCUCUGGUUUCUGUUCGGUCCGCCGCUACGACGACGGGUACUAUCAGCGGGCGAUCAGCUAUCGAGAGAACCACCUCGAUGACGUCCUCGUCUUCGACAAUCGGCCGACGGACCAGCAGCCAGAGGCUAUCUGGUGGUGCAGAACUCCCUGCCGUAGACGAUGAGGAUAGCGCCGGCGAGUUUGGAGACGGGACCGCUUCUUUGACCGCCCAAAAUGAGGCGCUGCAAGCCGAUCUGGCCGAUAAAAACAGAUACAUCGCCACGCUGGAAAAGCGCCUGCUGCAAGCUCGCCGUGCGAGUUCGUCCCGAGCCUCGGUCGGCCUUGGCGGCGCCGGGAAGGGAAUUAUGGUCGGCGAAGACCACAGCGUUUCUGCUGUGAUCAAAGAGAAGGAUGAAGAGAUUGCGGAGCUCCGUGCGAAGCUGGAGGACAAGGACAGGAUGCUGGCUGCCCUGCGGACCGCCGCGAGGUCUCGUGAUAACGCCGACCGAGUCGAAUCGAGAUCGGAGGUUCGGACGUCUUUGAUUCUUGAUCACCCUCCAUCUCCGGCUCCGACAAUGCCUGCCCCGAGCCCUGCGCCCUCACUCAUCCGUCAAGUCUCAUAUCUGCGCAAGCGUACGAGGAGUGUUGAUGAGAUGAGCAAGAUGCUCGACGAGAUGAUCCAGGAUAGAGUCGAAAGCGGACAGAUCGUGCGCGGAAAUCGUGGUAGUGUUCGUGUCGCAAAUGACCGCAAGACAGACGCAACCGGAGAGCCCGUGGCGCGUCCCGACACACUACAGCGAAGUACCUCCCUUGGGGAGUCUUCUCCGGUGGCAAAUCUUGAGGCAUGA